AUGAGGGGGGCUACUGUUAUUUGUUAUGCCCGAGUUCUUCAUCAAGCAGUUUCUCCAAAAGUUAUUAAGGAAGUCAGAGUUGCCAUAAUCGGAUCGCCCAAUGUUGGGAAGUCCUCAUUGACCAAUCAGUUGAUACGAAAUGAUGUAUGUGCUGUCAGCAAAGUAAUCGACACCACACGACAGGUAAGGCCAUAUGCUGACUCUGUUUUGGCACUUAUGUAAGAUUUUUUAUCUAUAUGUAAUAGUAGUAUUGUUGCAUUAAAUUAUUUGUUUAGAAUUGGGUAACAAAACUAAAAGAAGGUGAAGUGCAACUGACACUGGUCGAUAGUCCUGGACUGAUUGGCAUAGCGCACGCCAAGAAAGUCAUAAACACCCAUUCAGAGUCUAAGAUCAUGGUCGAUCCGGAGAAAGCCUUCAGAAGCGCGAACCAUGUUCUGGUAGUUUGUGUAUGUUAUCUUUGAGCUUUUGUGAAAUUUUGAAUGGUUUAUUGUGAAAAACAUAAAAUCUACAUUAACUUAUAUUUUUUGUUUUUAUAAGUAUUAUUACUUUCAGGACGCCACCUCACCUGGACAAUAUAUUCACCAUAGAGUAUUACAUCUUUUACACCGAAACUCUCACAUCCCUUCAAGCUUGGUUAUCAACAAAACUGAUUUAGUACGUCAAAAGACCAAGUUACUCGAACUGGCCAAUGUACUAACUUGUGGCUACGUGGGAGGCCAACCAACUCAAUUAAAAAAGGUAAAAUUGGGCGGAUUACAGAAGGCAGCGGGGAACGACAACUUCACAAUCAACCCUUUGGCCAACUUUAUGGAGGGGAAAAGCGACGAGUGGAAGGAGAAUUACAAGUAAGUAGUUGUUUAUAAAACUAACGUUUAAAGUGACUGAACUCAUUACAAACAAUAACUUAAUCUGUCUACAGCAAGGUCAUCAACAAAGCCACUCACAAGUGUCCCUGGCAGGAAAGCAAAAAAGUGUUCCAAACAGAGACGGGAUGGCCCCAUUUCAACAGCGUCUUCUUCAUUAGCUGUGAGAAUGGGCAGGGAGUGGACCAGCUCCGAAGUUUCCUCAAAACGCAAGCUGAAGGCCUCAACCAUGUAGUGGAAGAAGACGAAAGACCUUUUAAACAGGUAAGUCUCUCAUGUUUGAUAGUUUUUAAACUAUAUAAGGUUAAAGUUUGCAGUAAAAUUUAAUAUAUUAAUAAUAAUUAGAUGAUAUAACGUCUUCCCUGUUGAUUAAACCACUUUUACAGAGCCCGUAUAUCAUCAUGGUAGAGCACACCCGAGCGGCGUUUCUGAAUACGGUACCGGCAGAUAUCGCUUAUAAACUACGACUGAAGAUCGCUGACUUUGAAAACGUUGGGGACGAGAUCAACGUCAUCAUGGACGUGAUUUGUGAAAAGGAACGAUGGGCUAAUCUCGUGAACAAAGUUCUCCGAACAGAAACCAAGAAACUCGAAGCCAAAUUCUCAAAGUUAUUUCAGUGUAAUGUCAACCUGCAGAUCCAACUCAAAUACCACGGGAAGUUGGUGGUCUCCGAAGAAUAA